AAGGCUGGUAAUUUAAGGUUGGAAAAAAAUAAAGAAAGAAAAGAAAAAGUAGUCCACUACUGACUACACACCUCUACAUAACAGACCACAGCGCAGGUUAAUUUACCUCAAUUUACUCACUUGUCUUUAGACAUUUGAACUAAAGCAAUGGACCUGCAGUACUUUGAGUCUCACACAAUGUGUUGGGGUACCCUUGGAACGGUGCGACCUUACUCAAAUUUCCACCCACAAAGAGAUGUAAAACAGAUCCACGAGGCACUGGAGAAGAAAGAUGCAACUACACUUGUGAGAAUCCUAACAAAUCGCAGCAAUGCUCAGAGACAGGCCAUUGCCAAAACAUUUAAAGAGGCAACACAACAGGACCUGAUAGCUGGCAUGAAAAAGGUUCUGUCUGGAGAUCUGGAGGCGCUCAUGCUGGAACUAAUGAUGCCUCCUCUGCAGCAUGAGGCUCAUCGCCUGCAGCAGGCCAUGGCGGGUUUAGGCACGGACGAGGAAACACUACUGGAGAUUCUGUGUACAAGAUCAAGUAAGGAGCUUCGGGACAUCAGUUCUGCGUACAAAGAAAUGUAUAAAAAGGACCUGGAGAAGGAAGCGAAAGGAGAAACCAGUGGAGACUUUGCUAAGCUUAUAGUGGCUCUUAUUAAUAAAGAAGAUGUUGCAGGUUUAGUUCAAAGGGACGUUGAGUCUCUCGCUGCAUCACUAAAUGGAAAAAAAGCUGACGUGGCUCCUUGGAUUGAUAUUCUCACCUCAAGAGAUUCAAACCAUCUUAACAGAGUGCUGAUGGGACUUGAGCUGGAGAGUGGACAGAUGGUGAUUCCAGUUCUGGAGAAAAGCUUCUCCGGGGAGAUUCGUUUGGGUUUGAGUGUUUUAGUGGAGUGCAUUCAAAAUCCUGGCAUGUACCUUGCCAAAAGAUUAACUGGCAUGAAGGCCCCGAUAGUGCAAGGCAUCAUGGUGUCCCACAGUGAGGAAGAUCUACUUUGUAUCAGAGUAGCCUUCCUUAAACUGACAGGCACUUCUCUCUACACAACCCUGCAGAACUAUUUCAAGGGAGAUCAUUUAGAAGCUCUGUUGGCCAUCUGCCGAUCUGAAGAUUAAACUGGAGCAAUACAUGUUUUAUUAAUGUUCACAUAUAUUUGGUGCAAGUAACAUGACUCACUGACUUUGUGUGGGAUUGUGAUUGUUGUCAUCUCUUCUCCAUUUAAUGCAGUACUAAUAAAUAUAUCAAUGCAGCUUGGU